UAUUUUUUCCUGUCGGCCGCCUACAAGCAACGAGCUUGUCAUGUCAAAAAGAGUUGAUGCCAACAAUUCCUAUAUAUAAAGAUGGACAAAUUACUACGGUCACCGAGAAUUUCUAAACCGUUAAUCCUCAAACGAUUUCAUUCCACCAAUUUACUCGAGAAUUCAGUAAGCAACAGUGACAACCGUUUGCGUCUUCACGAGGAGAAAUACACUGCGGAUAUGAGCACGUCGCUCCCACCCACUGUUAAGGCUGCAUUGAAUGAUUUGGCGCAAGAAACACUAAGCCAGUUUGGUAAUGCUCAUAUGAUGGUGCCAGAGACGCAAGGUAGUCUGUUGCAUCAGUUGGUGAAGCUUUUCGGUGCGCAGCGUAUCUUGGAAAUCGGCACGUUUACCGGCUCUUCUACUCUGGCCAUGGCAUCCGCGUUAAAGCCUAGCGAUAAGUUAGUCACUCUCGAAAGGGAUCCAAAGCCUCAAGAAGUUGCAAAGCGAUAUAUCCACCAGUUAAAUUUAGAAGACCGUGUCGAUAUGCGCCUGGGGAAAGCAAUGGAAAGCUUAAUUGCUAUAGCAAAAGAAGAACCACGGCCACAAUAUGAUAUGGUUUUUAUAGAUGCCGAUAAGAAGGGAUAUAUCCCAUAUUACGAUUUCAUUAUUGACAAUGAUCUCUUGUCGGAUCGAGGAUUAAUUAUUGCAGACAAUGUUUUAUUUUUUGGACAAGUACAUCGCAUUGCCGGAUAUGAAGAUGAUAACCCUGUUGAGGCAUCAAAAAAUGUUCGGAAAAUAGCAAAAUAUGCUCAUGAUUUCAACAAGCAUGUUUUGCAAGAUUCACGGGUACAAGUAGUCGUAUUGCCGCUGUUCGACGGCGUAUCUAUUAUCAGCAAAACGAAAGUUUAGAAAUUGUGUACUUGUUACCUUUCAGUAUAUAUUUCCAUUAUUAUAUAUCUUUUCCUAAUGUACCUCGAAGCGAAAAUGUGUUUUACGAUCUUGUCACGGUUUUUGAUGGAAAGAAGAUACAAUAUCAGUCUGAGAAUAUGAGUGGGCCCACUCAGUCAUCUAUCUGCUAGCUUUUCAAAUAAGGGAACCGCUCGCCCUUUUAUUCAACGAUCAGUUUAUUGAUGAUAGGCGAUCGUGAAAAAGUGCAUAAAUGUAUCAACGAAACGUAUUGCCUCCCCUCCAGCACUUAUUUGGUUACCCCGUAGCUUUCUAGGUAUCAAUUAACUUCUUUUUAUUGUUAACUAAUAAAAAAC